CUUGUCUCGCAACCACCCAUGUUCAACUUGCCUCGCAACCAUCCAUGUUCAACUUGCCUCGCAACCAUCCAUGUUCAACUUGUCUCGCAACCACCCAUGUUCAACUUGCCUCGCAACCAUCCAUGUUCAACUUGCCUCGCAACCAUCCAUGUUCAACUUGUCUCGCAACCACCCAUGUUCAACUUGCCUCGCAACCAUCCAUGUUCAACUUGCCUCGCAACCAUCCAUGUUCAACUUGCCUCGCAACCAUUCAUGUUCAACUUGCUUCGCGCGUCUGUUCUGCUUGGAAGCUAUUUAUUUAUUAAUAAUUUCAAUUAA